GCCUGCCUUUGAAACUCGGCGCCUCUUUUCGCUGGGCCCUUCAGGUGCCGUCUCUUCCAGACUUUCGCGCUCUUUUUCUCCCCUUGGCCUGCGCCUAAAAAUAAUACGUCCCCCAGCCUUGGGGCUUACCUCUACCUAAUACAUCUGUUGUUCCCCUGCCCUUCGCUCUUUUUCGGUUCCUGCUUUUAGAGACCACCCCCUCCCGCUCUCUCGCUUCUCUCGCGCUGUGCUCCCCCAUUUACAAAUUCUUGUAACUGAACUGGACCUGGACCUGGACCUGGGGGGCUUGGCUCGAACUUCCAUUUAAGCCAAAGGGGGCCUAGAAGCCUCUGCCAAGAAUUUCCAUCCCGUCUACUUCAGGACCCUUUAACAUUUACAUCACUUACAUCUGCAUUUGAUUUGAGCCUCACUCACUACAGAUCAAUUCAUUUUGCUUCUUUCGACAAUUGAUUACCUAACACUUCCAGUAUUGAAUGAUACCGCGAUAGAUGCCUUCCGCUCUGCAGGCCGACAUGGACAUGGAUCCCGCCGUUGUCGGCCUCCCUACCACAACAGCCAUCACAGGCCUUCUCGACGUCGGCGCUGCUGCCAUCGACAUCCUCAGCGACCUCAACAUCUCACCACAGCACGACACCGCCAUCCUCAACAUCCUCCUCCGCGAGGUCAAGGAGUGCCGAUCCUCCGUCCACGCCUUCUACAAGACCCUCAACCUCAUCGAGAACAACCAGAUCCCCUUCCCUGCCCGCGCGGCCUGGAUCUCUCUCGACACCCUCGUCGCGACCCUCACAGACACCGUCCUCGCUUUCACCCGCCUCUCGUCGCUAUGUUGUGCGCUCGACGAGCAGUCCAAUAGGUCUACGCCUGAAGAUGCCGCUAAGCAGUUCGAGAAGAGGAUCAAGGCGCUGUGUGCCAGGUUGAGAUGGCAUAAUCUUUCGUAUGCUAUGAUGAUGACUAUAGUGAACUGUCCGGGAGAAAAGGACGCAAAGAACAGUCGCGACGAGCUGGCGCAUCGCGUUGCGAGACUUCUCACAUUCAACGUCAACCUCUCUGCUAGAUUACGACAGAGUCGCCCCGGAUCCUCGGCUGCCAAGACAACGGGACCGGGAGCCCAGACCCCCGAUAGCCCCGAGAUCACCCCCGCCAAUGUGGGGCACAGACCCGCCCCUUACUCCGGAACCCUCUCAAAGCUCACCACCCCGAAGGCUCUAUCCAAGGUCAUUCUGCCUAUCGAGCUGAGGGAGCUUCGUGAUGAUUUUGAAUACUACACCGAGAUGAUCCCCUCGCAGACCGGAAGCUGUGAGUUUCCAACGGGUGGUGUCUUGAUGGGAACGCCAUAUGAUCUCGCUUCAGCACGAUGAGACCCAUCAUCAAUCAGUAACUAUCAAUCUAUCCCUAGCGGAUAAUCAUCUUAUCAGAUGAAAACUUGCAAAGUCGGUGUUUAGGUGGGAAAUAGUGCGAGGCAUUUCAAGCCAUGUAUGGCUACAGGACCGGUUGGGGGCUUAGACGGGCAUUUUACCAAACGGUUAUUACGUGUAAUGAUGUUUUUUGUUUCUUGAUUCGUUUCACUUGGAGUCGAUUUAGCUAGGCAUUUGCAAUUUCAACGUAGAGAUAUCCAUUCAAAUUAAUCAAUCACCCAUUACUCAUUGUGCUAUA